AUCAAGUUGGUGUUGUGUUAAUUGUUUCUUCUAUGAAGCAUUUGGUCUAAGGUGGUGUAGUGCUCUGCAGAUAUGUAAGUGCUAUCCAGGGCUGGUUUUUAGAGUGCUAUGGCUUCUAAUGUGACAAACCAAUCCUGUAAUGUCCUUAGCAAGAAGGUCAUGGUAAAGAAAGAGGAAUUAAUGAACAAUAUUACACUCUUCUCCAUAAUAACAGUAAUGUCCUUUAUACUAUUAGCCCCUGCGAUUAUUUUCAUGGAAGGUGUCAAAUUUACUCCUACAUACAUAGAAGCUGCUGUAAGUGUACCCUCCGGGCUAACCCUCCCUUCAGCGACGAUGGCGUUAAAAAUGUUGGUUCUGAUGAUUCUGCAAACCGAUCUCAAGGUGGAAAGAGAAGGUCACUCUCUGUGUUCUACACUGAGAAAGAAAUUCAGCAAUGGCGUGAAGAACGCAAGAAAAAUUUUCCUUCAAAAGGCAAUGUGGAAAAGAAGCUGGCACAAAAGCAAGCAAAUGCUGAUGCUGUAGAUGAAGAUGCUAAGUUACGACGUCAACAACUAAAGGAUGUAUUGGCAAAGCAAGUUGAGUUGGGUUUUGUAAGUUCCAGAAAUUCCAUCCCACUAUCUGUUGGAUCCAGAGCACCAGGCUCAUGGCAGGGAUAAAUCUAGCAGGCCAUUGAACAAGGGUCGCUUCCAAAAUAAUGGGCGAUUCCAGAAUAGAUUUGAUAAAGGGCGAAAUUAUGACAGCAAAGAUCGGUUUACCAGAAGGGAAGGCUUUUGUAGAGCAGGAGGGUCUCGUCUUCAUGGAGACUUCUGCUCUUGAAGCAACCAAUGUGGAGCUGGCUUUCACUGAGGUUAGAUCCAUUGUAUCGUCAGCAAGAAGGUUGUUGAUGCUGGUGAUGCUUCUGCUGGUCAGUUCCGUCACUUGAAAGAAAGAAAGAAAGAAUAGGA